UCUGGCGUAAAGAGGAGGCGGGAGAAGGCGUUUCUACGUAGGAGCUGUAGGGGAGGGGGGGUGGUUUCACGCAUGCGCAACAUUUGAAAAAGGACAAACAGUCGCUGGAUUUCUCGUUCCUUGGAAAAUCCUCUAUACAACCUUUAAGCAGGAGAAGUUUAUUUACCAUCAAUAAUAUGAGCCUGGGUGGAUUUGAAAAGUCAUCAUAGUAUGAUUUCAAACGUGAACAUAGUGUUAUCUUUGAGUGUUCAAGCCCCUUGACUCUGCUUCCAAAGGAGGAGAUUUAUAAAGCGAGUGUGGUGAGAUUGUGAAGGUCAGUAGACACCAGUUAGACAGAAAUAUGCAACAAUUUAGAUAAUGGUGCCAGUGGUGUGCUAAGAGAGGAUAAUCGUGUUACUACAGCUCCUGAGAGUCAAUAUUAAACUGAGAUGAUAAAUUAGUGGAGGAUAAAUUUGUUAAAUUCUCUUACAAUAAUCUGUAGGAACUGAAAUAUAUGGAUUAAUUCAAUAAAUUAACGUAAAUGUUCUUUAUUUUUGCAGGAAACCAAGAGAUCCUCUCAUCUGCCCCUCUUCAGAUCCUGCUCCAUCUGAACAAAUGGUACUUUGCUGCUUUCUACCUGGCAGAAAUCCUCAUGUUCAUAUACAAAGGCAUUUUGCUCCCGUAUCCCGCUGAUAAUCUGGUGCUGGAUGUGGUUCUGCUGCUGCUGUUCCUUGGUUUGGAGACGCUCAGAAUCUUCUACGCGGAGAAGGGAAACCUGUGUGAGCGCCCCCUAUCCUCGAGCGUGUCGGUGCUGGCGCUGUUCCCGUGCGCGGCGCUGAGCGUGUACUACCUCCACCUCCAGACCUUCGUCCUGCGCCUCGAGGUCAUCCUCAACGCCGUCCUCCUCGUCUUCUACUGCGCCGAGUUUGUGCUGGGCGUGCUGGCGCUGUCCACGUUCUCCAGGUCCAGAGUGUACUAAAGACCAAUUUCAACAUUUGAUACAGAACAUUUUGUAAAUAUUUUUUGUGUUUUGUCUAUUUUUUUGUACAAAUAAUAAAAGUUUGAUCAUA